GACAGGAAUAUCUGCUUGAGACGACCACGACGAACGACGUGAAAGGCGUACAAGAGCAAUUCAACCAAAGGAUUCCCUCUCUCCCGUCCUACCGACAUCCCCCUACCUACCUGUUCUCUUAACUCGUCCUUUCCUGCUCACUCCCUCUCGUUCUUCCUUCUCGCAGCAGGUAUCCUUCUACUUUUCACAUAUAAUCCCACCUCCCAUCUCGACCUCAUGGGCGCCCUUUGCUGUCGACCUCAGCCUGUCGAUUUUGAAGGCGAUGUCAACCUCUUUCACUUUGUUCUCUUGAGAUGUGUUGGAAAGGGCGCCUUUGGAAAGGUCCGAAUGGUCCAACACAAACAGACUCGAGAGUUGUAUGCCUUGAAAUAUAUCAACAAGCCAAAGUGUGUAAAGAUGAAAGCAGUUGCAAAUAUCAUUCAGGAGCGAAGAUUACUCGAGGAGAUCGACCAUCCCUUUGUAGUCAACCUUCGUUAUGCAUUCCAAGACGAUGAAAACUGUUUCUUCGUCCUGGAUCUCAUGCUAGGGGGCGACCUCAGAUUCCAUCUCGAACGAUUAGGCUCGUUGCCAGAGGAUACAGUACGCUUCUACGUCGCAGAAAUAGCUUCAGCUCUAGCCUUCCUUCAUGAGCACAGAAUUAUGCACCGUGAUCUCAAACCCGAUAACAUUCUCCUCGACGAACGGGGUCACGCGCAUCUCACGGAUUUCAAUAUUGCUGUACACUUUACCGAACGCCGCAUGCUUACGGGUAUUGCAGGUAGCAUGGCUUACAUGGCUCCCGAAAUCCUCGCCAAACGUGGCUAUACUUACCCGAUUGAUUGGUGGAGCCUUGGCAUUUGCGCAUAUGAGCUCCUCUUCGGCCGGAGACCCUUCCGUGGCAAAACAAACGGUGACUUGACUUACAGUAUUAGCAAGGACAGCUUGCGCUUUCCCGACGAUGCCGAUAAGAAGUGUUCGAGAGCAGGAAUGAUGGCAUUGAAAGGGUUCUUGGACCGCGAUCCUUCCAAGAGACUCACUUGCAAGCAAAACGAUGGUUUUGAUGUAAUGCAACGACAUCCUUGGUUCCACCCGAUAGAUUGGACAGCCCUUGAAGCCAAAGAAUUGCCACCACCGUUCACUCCCGAUUCAAAGAAGGCAAACUUCGAUGCAUCACACGAGUUGGAAGAACUUCUGCUCGAAGACAAUCCAUUAAAGGCCAAAGCACGAAAGACGCGAGAUGUUAACACGCUGAGCGCCGAAAUGAGACAAAUGGAAGAGCAGUUCGUAUCAUAUGACUUCAAGAAGAUGCUCCGGCGAUCAUACUAUCCCCAGAAUCAGCAGAUCAUAUCAACGAUCACCGCGACUUCUUCCACAGGCGGACUCGUAGCAAGUAGACCCGUCACGCCGGCAACAGACUCACGGGCCGAAGACAUCGUACAUGAGCACGACGAGAGCGAAUUCGAUGGCGACGACGUCCGGAUGGAGAAGAUGCCCCGGGUACUGGAGAAGAACUACUCGUGAUCCGUACCCCACCCCCACUCCUGCCAGAUGACCUGACGACUGCUGACGAUGUAUCCGCAAUAUUCCCCAUGUAUCUUGUCGAUAUGUACGGCACCCGAUUCCCAUAUUCGCCCCAUCCACUCAUUUCGGGGCCCUAAUCUUGGUUGCUGUUGCUCACUUUCAUUAUGAUCUCACUUCAAGUGCCCUGCUCACUGGAUACCUUCGCUUUGUUCAACAUAACAUGUUCGUUCUGACGCUCGAUACCGUCAUCGGCAUUUGUUUUAUGAGCCUUCCCUUGUAGUUAUUGGAUUUUCUUUGGCUCAUCUUGGUUUUUGAGGGGUCGAGUCUUUCUUACAAUCUUUUUUUUCCGUCUAUUUAGCGCUAGUUUGCUGGCUAGUCAUGUGGUUGUGGAUUUACACAGUUUGCUAUACGACGCCCGGACUCCGUAUAUUAUCAACCCAUUAAUUGCGAUUCGUUGCUGUAGGGUCUAUACAAGUU